GUGCUCUCCGCCUCCUUGUCUUUCUUGGCCGUUUAAACCGCAUAUUAUAUUUUAUUGAACUCAUUCGGACAUUCCAAUAAGGCCUUAAAUAUUCCUGUUUGUUCAUUUAGAUAUUUUAAAAUAAGUAAAAAAUAAAAUGCAAAGUGUAAUAAACACGGUUAAAGGUACCGCUUUAGGAGUCGCAGGGUAUCUAACACCAGUGCUGAAGGAAUCAAAGUUUCAAGAGACUGGAGUAUUGACUCCAGAAGAGUUUGUGGCUGCUGGUGAUCACUUGGUUCACCACUGUCCUACAUGGCAAUGGGCCCGUGGGGAGGAGGGGAAGGUGCGACCCUACUUGCCUGCAGAUAAACAGUUUCUCAUUACUAGGAGUGUACCUUGCUACCGAAGAUGCAAACAGAUUGAAUAUUGUGAAGACAAAGAAAAAUUGAUUGAAGAUGAACAUGAUCCAGAAGGAGGAUGGGUAGACACGCAUCAUUAUGAUAAUACUGGUUCACCUGCAAUUGAAGAGAAGGUAUGUGAGAUGACCUUAGAGGCUGCUGACACAGGAGACAGUGAGGGAGAAGGCGUCGCUGCCGAAAAAGAUGAUGAUGAUGAUGAUGAAGAUGAUGAUGGAGAGGCCGAAGAUAUGGAGCAGUUUCAGGAAUCAGGCCUAUUGGACGAAGUGGACCCUUCAACAGACUUAGCGCCGAGGAAGGAACCGAAAGCGAAGCAGGAACGGCGGCGGGUCGACGGUGACGAAAUAGUGCGCACGCGCACCUACGACUUGCACAUAACCUACGACAAGUACUAUCAAACGCCGCGCCUCUGGCUCAUCGGAUACGACGAAAAUCGAUCUUUGCUGAGUGUCGAACAGAUGUAUGAGGACGUAUCACAGGAUCACGCUAAGAAGACUGUUACUAUGGAGGCUCACCCUCACCUAUCCGGCCCGAGUAUGGCGUCAGUGCACCCCUGCAGGCAUGCAGAGGUGAUGAAGAAAAUAAUAGAGACUGUCACGGAGAGUGGAGGUGAGAUGGGUGUGCAUUCGUACCUUAUAGUGUUUCUGAAGUUCGUGCAAACCGUCAUACCCACCAUCGAGUACGACUUCACACAGAACUUCUCCAUCAACUAGCCAAGCUUCUUAUAUAAGUGUACGCUUCAUGGAUACGAUAUUAUGUGGUGCUUUAACUUUUGAUAUUUGUAUAAGUCGGGGACAUGUCGUCGUGCUGGAUUCGCUAGUCUGUAUCUAAAUCUACCUAUAAAGUUCUAAAUGUAUACUUAUCAUUUAUUCUAUGUACCCCUUAGAUCAUUAAAGCGCUUGCUAUGAUUCUUUAAGAUUAUCUAAUAAAUAAUGGUAGCGAUUCUGUUGCACUAUCUAAUUAAUUUUUAUCGAUCUUUUUAAUAACUAUGAUAACAGAAUACUACAACAUACUAAAUAUAAUUAGUAUACAAAACAAUAACGAUAAAUAAACAAAAGUAUAAUUAUAUUUCAUAGAUCACAAAUUACUAUGGAAUAACGUUAAAACAAACUC